UAAAAUUCAAGAGUAUUUGCAUCGAAAACUAUGGAAAAAAAAUGAAAACUGACAGGCGAACCUUCGUCCCCGUACCUCAUCUGAUCCAAAAAAAUAAGCAGAACCAACACACCCGACCCGCUCACCCACUCACCACCUCCACCGCCAGGAAACUCCGCUUACAGCAUUUGCGAUGGAGACGAAGAGAGUGUUAGUGGUAGGAGGGACAGGCUACUUAGGCCAACACGUAUUACUAUCCCUUUCACGAAUCAAAGACAGCGCCCCUUACGAUCUCGCUUUCACUUACCACUCCAAUUCAAAUCUUCUUGAACCCUUGCUUGACGCCAUCCCUCACUCUCUUGCUUUCCAUGUUGAUUUAAUUACGGGUGACGGGUUCCAUUCCAUCGCCUCCAAAUUCGGCCAGCCUCAUGUUGUGGUGAACUGUGCUGCACUGUCUGUGCCUCGUGUUUGUGAGGAGGACCCUGAUGCUGCUAUGUCUAUAAAUGUACCUUGCUCUCUUGUAAACUGGUUGUCGAGCUUCGAGGAGAGAGAUACUCUACUUAUCCAUUUAUCAACUGAUCAAGUUUAUGAAGGGGUGAAAUCAUUCUACAAGGAAGAAGACGAAACUGUUCCUGUUAAUGUGUAUGGUAAAUCAAAAGUGGCAGCAGAGCAGUUUAUUUCUAAGACAUGGACAAACCAUGCAAUAUUGAGAAGCAGUAUCAUCUUUGGGCCACAAACUAUCUCUCCCGUCCAAAAAUCACUUCCAAUUCAGUGGAUUGAUGGUGUCCUCUCCAAAAAAGAACAAGUAGAGUUCUUCCAUGACGAGUUCCGCUGCCCAGUGUAUGUCAAGGAUGUUGUGACCAUUAUACUGUCUUUGAUAAACAAAUGGAUAAUAGAGGGUAAGCAGAUGAAGUUGCUCUUAAAUGUUGGUGGACCUGACAGAGUAUCUCGUGUUCAAAUGGCUGAAACUGUUGCACAUGUUAGAGGAUACAACACCUCUUUGAUCAAGCAAGUAUCUGCAUCUUCGGUUUAUCGUGGAGUCUCAUCGCCAGCUGACAUAUCCAUGGAUAUUUCAAAACUGAUUCAAACACUAUGUAUAUCGCCCACCUCAUUCAGAGAUGGUGUCAUACUGACGCUUGAUUCAACGUAAAUACAUGGAGAUAUAUUUUAGCCCUAUCUCAUCAUCUCAUGUAAGCUACUGCUGAGGAUAUAGCAUGGAUAUCAAUUUCCCUUUUGUUUUGCCAAACUGGAGGAUUCAUGAAAGGUGGAUCUUUGUUGCUCGUGCUGUGAGACAUUCGAGUUGUAAACCUGUUCAUUUUCUCAAAUUGUACGAAAAAUGUAGUGUAUAAUUAAUUGUAUUGUGAAUUUCCAUCUCUUUGCUUCUUU